UGUUUGUGGUGUCUAACGUCGCAUCGCUCCAAUUCGGGCAGCUGCUCGAUGACCACCACGCCAGCCGUCUGCAGAACCAUCUUAAAUUGCUCGGGUUCAGUUUCAACAGCGUGUCUUUCAAAGCAUCGGAGGACAUUUUUCACAAAUGUAAACGACCUAGACUAAAGUAGUGCUUUUCGGGAGUUUAUCACCCGGCUGGCGGCUGUUGAAGUACAAAGAGGAAGACACUUAGGUGCGUUCAUAUGCUGUCGGAAAUAUAACAAUCAUUUCAGUCCUGUCGAUCAAAGUGCUACACAAGCUAAGUCUGUCUGUCUGUCUGUCAUGUUUUUAUAUGUAAGAUUAUACAGCUGUUAAAAGAUGGUAAUCUGACUGCCAUUGUUCAAGUCAAACAAAAUAAGUAUUCUGAAUGCGGGCUAUAAUUAGAAAAAUAACAGUUAAAUAAGGGCACAGCAUUUUCACAUAGGCUACACAUGUUCAAUUCAGUGGCUCUCCUGAAAGUAGCAUUUCAAAACAAGUCAUUGAAAUACAUUUUAUCAGCUCUAUGAAAUCGUUUUUUACUUUUAUAUUUGACAUUGUAGAGACCAACAAUGAAAGGAAUAAUCAGCGGAGAAUGAAAAUAAUCACUAUUUGCAUGCAGAUCUGUGUAAUACUGACUGAUAACUCACUUCAAUUUAUAAAGACUCAUUCUCAUAUAGUCCUAUAGUUGUCAAAAUUGCUGAUCCCUAAUUAAAGAAACCAACAAAACAUACCACUAUUUAAAGGAUGUUGAUAAUCAGUUUUGUACAGAGCAUUUUAUUGCAACAUAGCCUACAUGCUCAAACUUGCAAAGUUCUGGAUAACUGGGAGCCGGAAGAGAAAACUGCCUCAACUCUUCACACACACACAGGGGGCGGACGCAGUAAAGUAUAUGAGAGAAGAAGUGGGUAUUGCAACACUUCACAAAUACAGGACACUCAUUUUUGUCUCAUAAACUCCUUCCUCACUUUGUCUCUAUCCUUUCACCAUCAUGGCAUUCGCUGGGAAAUAUGAGUCAGAGAAUCAAGAAAACUAUGAGGAAUUUCUAGAAGCCCUUGGUCUUCUCAGUGCCAAGACAGACCACAACGUGGUAACCGAGGUGCUUCAGGAUGGGCACAACUUCACCUGGACACAAAGCAUUCCCAACUGGGCCUGGUCCAAUAAGUUCACCAUCGGUCAGGAAUGUGAGCUGGUGACAAUGAAGGGUGACAAAUUCAAGGCUACUGUCCUUCUGGAGGGCGGAAAGAUUUCAGCUCAGUUUCCUCAGUACCAAUUCACAGCAGAGAUCAUCGAGGAUAAGCUGGUUAUGAGUUGCAUAACUUCAGGAGAGAAGGGCGUGGCUUUCAAAAGAAUUAGCAAGAGGAUGUAAUGCUGCGGGACUCAACAUGCUUCAAUAGAAAAGAGGCUCCCUCGGCGACAAAAAACAUAUCAUGAAAAUGCUUGAAUUACUGAAGCAGAAAGAAUAAAGUAACCAUCUGCAGCGAGGAACAAGUGGGACAUCUUUUGACUUCACUGAACUUUGUUUGGUUGUUCUCGUUUCAUAUAUCUAUGAAAAAAUUGGUAAAUAUAUAUUGUAUUUCUACCAGGGUCCAUGUUUGAUCCAAUAAAACUGAAAUCAAAUCAAA